AUGGAUGAAAUAUCUUUAACAAAAGAGUUUUUUGAUAGACAAGAAGUGGAUGAUACUCUACAAAAUAUUAGAAAGCAAUAUUUAGAAUCUAAGAAAAAUCUACAGAAGUUAGUUAUGAUGAAACAAUCGCCUGCAAAUACAGAAGAAUUUAAAGUUCCCUCUAUUCCAAAACAAAAACCGCCCAAACCUACUAGACCAUCAGAUAUUGACGAGAAGCUACGAAGAGAGUUGAGAAGUAGUAGAGUUACAACAAAUACUGUUGAAAAUACUCCAGCUCCUUUGGGGAAAGAAACCAUAACAGAUACCUUGAUUUUGGUAAAUGAAGUAAGGUCAAUGAAGAACAUUAUACAAGAACAGCGUGCAAUGAUCAGGGAUCUCAGCCAAGAUCUUCAGGUUCAACGAUCUAUGAGCUAUGAAUUACAAUCCAAAAUUCACAGAUUGGAGGCACAUAUUAGACAAGUAGAGUUAAAUAUGAGAGGAAGUAAACAACCAUAUGGUGAAUAUCCUGGUAAUGAUAUAUUUGAUACUAAUCGUUCAAAUUAUUCGACGACAGAAAUUGAAAAUAUCCCAAAAAGAUCGGCCUGGCGAACACAUUCCUUAACUGCACCAUCUAGUUCAAGCCAUAGUUCGUAUUCUAAUAGUUCAAAUAUGAAUAAUAUCAAUAAUUCAUAUUCAUACCAGAGUUAUUCCACAAUGGAAGAUAGCACCACUAGACUAAUACAGUUAUCAAACCCUAAAUAG